UCUCAGUCCUAUCUUCACAACGUGCCCCUCUCAUAUCUGAAGAGCAUUGAAAAUGGCUACAAGAAGACGUUUCUCCCCAAAAUCAUCGAAACAACGGAACUGCUUGCUUACGAUGCAAACCAAGCCUUAGAUUUUGAAAGGGUGGCAGAAGACAUCGAGUAUCUGAAGUGUGAGAAAGGGCCGUGGGUGGAGCAGGACAACGUCACCUACCACCACAUGAGGAUGCUAGUGGAAGAUAAACAUGCUGUGGCGGUGCUGACCCACAUCCCCGUGUUCCUGCCUGAGGUCACCAUCGGGGCCCACGACUACGACGAAAAGUUCUACGCCUAUAAAUCGCUCCCUGGGAAGAAGUAUGUCGCUGGUUAUAACGCAGAUGUGGGGGACAAACUCAUCUGGCUGAAGUGAGUCUGAGGCCUGUGAAUGUCAUCCGCUGAUCCGCUCGCUGAGUGACCUCCAGCCCACGUGUCCAUUAUUGAUAUAGUUCUAUCCUGUUAUAAUAAUAAUAUGUAUGUAUUAAAAU